CAAUCCCUGGAAGACACUGAUUUUUUGUUCAAUUAUUCCUUCAAGCAAGCUUCACAGCUUGUACCUAGAGGCAGGGAUAAAAAAAAGGGAGGGGAAAAAUUGAAAAGAAAUAAGAAAGAGGUGCCUUUCCCUCUUCAUCAAUCAAAAGGAAAUACUUUUCUUCAGAGUCCACCAGAAAACAUGCCCAGCUAGCCAAAGCUUGAACCUAUCAUCCCCACUCCAGCCCAGCACGUGCAAUCUCUCUCUUCCCUGGACAAGGCACGAAGUUCUCGUCUUUUUUUCCAUUGCUAUACUUCCUAACGCUGCCAUUGUCUGGGCGUCUCUCAAGUCUCACCCUCUGGAUUUUUGGGUAAGGGGUGGAGGAGAGAGGGAGAGAGGUGUGCUCCCGUAUGGACGUAAUGAUGUGAUUUGACGUAGAGAGUUUGAUCCCAAAUGCACCCUUACAAUCGGCUACCCAGUAGUGGCCACUCCACGCCUUCGCCGCCUCAGUCGCCACGUCGGUCUCCGAGGUUCCGCCACAGCCGUUCUAAAACUGGUCGGUUCUCUCCAGGACAGCCUACUGGUCGCACAGUUGCCCAACGCCUCGCCUGGAUCUUUCUAUCCGUCCUACUACGCCGUCAGGGGAUUUUCCUCUUCGCUCCCCUCAUUUACAUCUCCGGCAUGCUUCUAUACAUGGGCACUGUCUCAUUCGAUGUCGUUCCGGUUAUUAAGCACCGUCCGGCUCCUGGGUCUGUGUACCGCAGCCCGGAGCUGUAUGCGAAACUCCGGCCCGAGAUGGAUGCAGAUAAUUUUUCUGCCGAUGCGAUAUCAACAAUAUGGAAGAAUUCCUAUAAAGGUGGUGAGUGGAAGCCAUGUGUCAACAGAUCUUCAGAAGGUCUACCAGAGUCAAAUGGUUACAUAUAUGUGGAGGCUAAUGGUGGCUUAAAUCAGCAGAGGACAUCAAUAUGCAAUGCUGUUGCUGUGGCUGGCUAUCUCAAUGCUACACUUCUGAUCCCCAACUUCCAUUAUCAUAGUAUAUGGAAAGAUCCCAGCAAAUUCAGGGACAUUUACGAUCAGGAAUAUUUUAUCAACACCUUGAAAAAUGAUGUACAGAUCGUUGACAAGAUUCCUGAGUACCUAAUGGAAAGAUUUGGAAACAACAUGACAAAUGUUCACAAUUUCAGGAUUAAGGCGUGGUCAUCUAUUCAGUAUUACAGAGAUGUGGUACUACCAAAGUUACUUGAAGAGAAGGUGAUAAGGAUUUCUCCUUUUGCAAAUAGAUUGUCGUUUGAUGCUCCUCCAGCAGUCCAACGGCUUAGAUGCUUAGCAAAUUAUGAGGCUUUACGAUUUUCUAGUCCUAUAUUGACCAUGGGCGAAUCUUUGGUUGCAAGAAUGAGAGAGCGUAGUAAAAAUAAUGGUGGCAAAUAUGUCUCAAUACAUCUCCGUUUUGAAGAGGAUAUGGUUGCCUUUUCUUGUUGUGUUUUUGAUGGUGGAAAACAGGAGAGAGAAGACAUGAUUGCAGCAAGGGAAAGAGGCUGGAAAGGGAAAUUUACAAAACCUGGACGAGUUAUACGUCCUGGAGCAAUCAGGAUCAAUGGGAAGUGUCCCCUCACUCCUUUGGAGGUUGGCCUGAUGCUUAGGGGAAUGGGUUUCACUAAGAACACUUCUAUCUAUUUGGCAUCUGGAAAAAUAUACAACGCUGGGAAGACAAUGGCCCCACUUUUGGAAAUGUUUCCUAAUUUGCAAACUAAGGAAACUCUGGCAUCUGAAGUGGAGCUUGCUCCAUUUAAGAAUUAUUCUUCCAGGAUGGCUGCCAUAGAUUACACCGUUUGCCUUCAUAGUGAGGUGUUUGUCACAACUCAAGGUGGUAACUUCCCUCAUUUUUUGCUGGGCCACAGAAGAUACUUGUAUGGUGGACACUCUCAGACAAUUAGGCCUGAUAAGCGGAAAUUAGCAGUACUCUUUGAUAAUCCCAACAUUGGAUGGAGGAGUCUCAAGCGUCAACUGCUGAGCAUGAGAUCACACAGCGAUUCAAAGGGAUUUGAGCUCAAAAGACCAAAUGACUCGAUUUAUAGCUUUCCGUGCCCGGAUUGCAUGUGCCGUGCAAAUAAAACUGAUGGUUUGAGAUCUUCAUCCGCAACUUGAUCUAUUCACAGAAAAUUUGAGGGCUAUUUCUCUCACCAAUAUCACAGAGCAUCAUGCUAACUGCGUUUAUCUGGAAUUUGAAUUACUUCAUUCUUUCCGCUUUCCUUAUGGGGGAGAGGGCAUACUUUCAGUUUUCAGAUCUUAAAGAAUUUUGUUGGGGUUCGGUCACAUUGAUCAGAUUUGUUCGUGGGAUUGCAUUUUGAGGGAGUGACAUCUUUUUUCCACAUUUGGUGCCAACUGAGAACAGAGUGCAAAUUUGUUCCUUGGCAAUAAUCUCUCUCGGAGCAUUGACGUUGACCAAGCAUUUGAUUAUUUCACAUACAUGAAUUAGCAGCUUCUGUAUCUAGCAAGCUUUGAGACGACGAACUCACAUUCCUUCACACCUGCCUGUACAUUUCCUUAUCAACAAAACUUUUUAAAGCUGUAGCAACAGAUUGUGACUGUACAUUUAUGAAAUUCAGGGUUGUUUGGCGCUUCGUUGUUUUGUUGUUAGGUUUGGUUCUUGCUUCCAAUUUUGUAAUUUGCUUGCCUUCAGAUUGAAGGCCCCAUUUUUAGCUGUAUACUUGUAUACGAUUACAUUUGUUAUUCUUUCACAUUAGUGUCCCAUUUUUUCGGGGAUGAAUGAUAGUUUCAGUGAAUAUAGUUAGUUAAGCCA